AUGGCUACCGUUACUGAUACCGGUGCCUGCCAGGCACUCGUCCUACACGGCGCAAAGGACCUACGAAUGGGAACGAAGCCCGUUACUGCCCCCACCGGCUCCGAAGUCCAAGUCGCCAUCCGCGCUACUGGUCUCUGCGGAUCAGACCUUCACUACUACAACCACGGUCGCAAUGGCGACUUCGUUGUUCGCGAGCCCUUCUGCCUGGGCCAUGAGUCCUCCGGCGUCGUAACCGCCGUCGGACCGGAAGCCACCACCCUGCAAGUUGGCGACCGGGUAGCACUUGAAGUCGGCCUGCCCUGCCGCAAGUGUGUCCUCUGCAAACAAGGCCGCUAUAACAUCUGCCCCGAAAUGAAAUUCCGGAGCAGUGCCAAAAUCUUCCCCCAUCUCGACGGCACCCUCAUGGAACUCACCAACCACCCAGCUGAAAUGUGCCACAAACUCCCCGAUUCAGUGUCCUUCGCCGGAGGCGCUCUUGUCGAGCCCCUGGCUGUCUGCCUACAUGCCGUCCGGCGCUCGCAUCCCCCAUCCAAGGAGGAGGUGCAACUGGCCGAGUCGCUGGGUGACCAGUCCGCGGCUUUGAUCUUUGGCGCUGGCGCCAUCGGUCUACUUUUGGCUGGUGCACUUGCAACAGCUGAGAACUUCUCGAACAUUGUCGUGGCAGAUAUCGACCCGGCACGCUUGGCCAUCGCCGAGUCGCUUAAUCUCGGUCUCAAGACUGCCCUCAUCCCCAAGGCGGACCCUACAAACCCGCCUCCGGCCAAGGAUGCCCCUCACGCUGAACAAACUGCCUAUGCCUUGCAAAACGCCCAGCGCGUUGCUGCUGCCUUGAAGGAUACUAUUGGCCUGACUUCCGGUUUCUCUCGUAUCUAUGAAUGCACAGGCGUACCGGCCUGUGUGCAGGCAGGUAUAUACGCCGCUGCUCCAGGUUCAGUCCUGGUGCAGAUCGGUAUGGGAAACCCCAUUCAGACUCUUCCUGUGGGUGCGGCAGCUCUGCGGGAGGUUGAUGUUAUCGGUGUUUUCCGGUAUGAUGGGCACGCGUACCCCGCUGCCAUCGCAUUGGUGGCAAGCGGCAAGUUCAACCGGGUUGAGGAGCUCGUUGUUACCCAUCGGUUGCCAUUAGAACAGGGAGAGAGGGCGUUUGCAUUGGCCGGAAAGGGUAUCGAUGAGACUGGACGACCUGUCGUGAAGGUCGUCAUCGAGAGCUAG